AUGAAGAAGGGUUCGUCGAGCGCUAAGGGCAGCAGCGGAGGAAAGAAGAAGCUGCCCGCGGCACCUCUCAGCAGCAAGGCUGGCAAGAAGGUCCAGAAGUCGCCGAUCUUCUCGAAGACGCCCAGGAACUUCCGUGUCGGCGGCAACAUCCAGCCCCGACGCGACCUCAGCAGAUUCGUGAAGUGGCCCAAGUACGUUCUGCUCCAGCGUCAGCGCAAAGUGCUGAUGCAGCGCCUGAAGGUUCCGCCUGCGAUCAACCAGUUCACCCACACUCUGGACAAGAACCAAACCUCCCAGCUCAUGCGCCUCCUCGCCAAGUACAAGCCCGAGACUCGCGCUGAGAAGAAGCAGCGCCUGAUCCAGGAGGCCGAGAGGCAAAGCGCUGGCGGCGCCGCUGGCGGCAAGAAACCCGUCAUGAUCAAGUACGGUAUCAACCAUGUUACUGAUCUGAUCGAGAUCAAGAAGGCGAAGCUCGUCGUCAUCGCCCACGAUGUCACCCCCGUCGAGCUGGUCUGCUGGAUUCCGCAGCUCUGCCGCAAGAAGGAGGUCCCGUACUGCAUUGUCAAGGGCAAGAGCCGCCUGGGCCAGUUGGUUCACCAGAAAAACUGCCCGGUCCUGGCCAUCGACAACGUCAGAAAGGAGGACCAAGCUGAGCUGGAGGCGCAGUGCAAAUUGUAUCGUUCCAUGUUCAACGACAAUUCAGAAGCGCGCCGCCGCUGGGGUGGUGGUGUCAACGGCAUCAAGUCUCAGCACGCGCAGCAGAAGAAGGAGAAGCUCAUCAACAUUGAGCUGAAGAAGAAGAUGGGUCUCCAGUUGGCAUGA